UUAAAAUGAAUGAAGGACAAGUAAACAACUCCACUCAUCUGUACGACAACUGGACAUUUUAUAACUCUUCCGUGGAGUACAUCACACCCAGGAAGAACAUCACAUAUGUUGGCUAUUACCUACACCAGCCGUCCACUGCAGCCAUCUUCAUCGUGUCCUACCUGCUUAUCUUUGUGGUGUGCAUGGUGGGAAAUGGUGUGGUGUGCUUCAUCGUGCUGAAAAGCAGAAAUAUGAGGACAGUGACAAACCUGUUCAUCCUGAACCUCGCUGUGAGUGACCUGCUGGUGGGAAUUUUCUGCAUGCCCACAACUCUUCUUGACAACAUAAUUACAGGAUGGCCUUUUGGAAGCCUGGUCUGUAAAAUGAGUGGCAUGGUUCAAGGGAUUUCAGUUUCAGCCUCCGUCUUCACUCUGGUUGCCAUUGCAGUUGAUCGGUUCAGAUGCAUUGUCUACCCAUUCAAGCAAAAGCUCACCAUAUCCACAGCAUCAUUGAUCAUUGUCGUUAUCUGGGUCCUGGCGAUAUCUAUCAUGUGUCCCUCUGGUGUGAUGCUGCAGGUGACCAAGGAGCACACUGUUCGAGUCUUAUUGGGUUACGACAACAAGACCAGCCCCUUUUACUGGUGCAGAGAGAACUGGCCUAACCAGGAAAUGAGGAAAAUUUACACCACUGUCCUGUUUGCAAACAUCUACCUUGCCCCUCUUUCCCUCAUUGUGAUCAUGUAUGCUCGGAUUGGAAUUACACUCUUCAAAACAGCUGUUCCCACUGGAGGAAAGCCAGGCCAGGACAACCGCCACAAUGUGUCAAAGAAGAAGCAAAGGGUGAUAAAAAUGCUUCUCAUCGUUGCUUUGCUUUUCAUUCUUUCAUGGCUGCCUCUAUGGACUCUCAUGAUGUUGAGUGAUUACGCCAGGCUGACGGAGCAGCAGUACAGGAUUAUCAACAUCUACAUCUACCCCUUUGCACACUGGUUGGCUUUCUUCAACAGCAGUGUCAACCCAAUAAUCUAUGGGUUCUUCAAUGAGAAUUUCCGUCGAGGUUUCCAAGCUGUGUUUAAGUUCAGCCUGUGUGCAGCAGAUGGACAGAGGCGGAAAAGCUACUCACACAGAUUGCAGGGGAACUCUGUGCUCCCAGCUAAUAAUGUACAGACAUCACUGGAGCCCAUUUCCUUAAACAGCAUGGAUAGGAACGCUUCCAGGCGAGUCAAUCAUGUCCCUGAACGGGAACUAGUGAUGGAGGACCUGGAAAAGGGAUCAUGCAGUAGUGGAGGUGUGACUGCUGUGUCAAUCUGAUAACAGAUGUUUUCUUCAUUUAUUAUAAGGAUGUCGAAAUUUAAAUCUGCCGUGCCUAAGUAAAGUACCACAACUAAUUGAAUGAGUUUCAGAUAUUGUUCCCAAUUAUGACAUUUUUUAGUACGGACU